AUGACGUCAAGCGUAAGUCUAUCGAGGCUGUCAGCUUUGGUAAUCGACAGCGGUUCUGGAAUGUGUAAAGCGGGUUUUGCUGGAGAUGAUGCUCCCAGAGCCGUAUUUCCGUCAAUCGUCGGCCGUCCACGUCAUCAAGGGAUUUUGGUCGGUAUGGGUCAAAAGGAUUCGUUUGUAGGAGCAGAAGCUCAGACGAAGAGAGGGAUCCUCACCCUCAAGUAUCCCAUUGAGCAUGGAAUCGUGACGAAUUGGGACGAUAUGGAACGAAUAUGGCGUCAUGCAUUUGAAAAUGAAUUACGAGUAUCGCCCAGUGAGCAUCCUGUGCUGCUUACGGAAGCACCGUUGAAUCCGAAGACGAAUCGGGAGAAAAUGACGCAAAUCAUGUUCGAGAGCUUCCAUACACCAGCGUUUUACGUAGCCAUUCAAGCUGUUCUGUCACUAUACGCCUCUGGAAGAACCACUGGUGUCGUGCUUGACUCGGGUGACGGUGUAACUCACACGGUACCCACAUAUGAGGGCUAUUCUCUUCCUCACGCGGUCCAACGACUCGAUCUGGCCGGACGCGAUCUGACCAAUUACCUCACAAAAAUUCUUACUGAACGCGGUUACUCUUUCACAACCACUGCUGAGAAAGAGAUCUGUCGUGAUAUCAAGGAGAAGCUUUGCUAUGUUGCGCUCGACUUUGAAAAGGAACUAGCUGAAUCCGUGAAGUCGACAUCGAUUGAGAAAAACUACGAGCUUCCUGAUGGUCAGGAGAUUCGAAUUGGUAGCGAACGCUUCCGAGCACCAGAAGUUCUCUUCCAGCCGAGCCUACUUGGAAAAGAGUCGGGUGGUGUGCACGAGAAUUGCUAUAACUCGAUCAUGGCAUGCGAUAUUGACAUUCGCAAGGACCUUUAUGCCAAUAUUGUGCUCUCCGGUGGUACCACCAUGUUCCCAGGUAUCAAUGACCGAAUGAAGAAGGAUCUUACAUCAUUAGCUCCAAGCACGAUGAGAAUCAAAAUAAUGGCACCGCCAGAGCGUAAAUACUCGGUAUGGAUCGGCGGUUCAGUACUGGCGUCGUUAUCGACGUUCCAAAUGAUGUGGAUCACCAAGUCCGAGUACGAUGAAUACGGUGCUGCCAUCGUGCAUCGCAAAUGCUUUUGA